AUGCCCGUUCCCGCCUCGCCGUCCCCGCUCUCAGUGCCCACGCCGGCAGGCAUAUUGACGCACGAGGCGUCCGUCGUGCGUCCUGCUGGCCACGAACACGGCACGCCCGACUUUCGGGAUGACCUCUGUGUCGUACCCACCACGUUGCACGGCAACACGGCGGAUGCACAGAGCUGCGCGUCCGACGUGCCCGUGUCAUCGACACUGCCCGCGCCAGCAGGUGUACAAACGAGCACGAAGCCCGUUGAUAGCAUGUCGGACGUACAUUGCUGCACGUCUGACGUGCCCCAUCCAUCUACGAUCUGCUGCACAAUGGGUACAUCGAGCCUACCACUUGAUGUACACGCUGUCAGCGAGAACGACGAUGCGCCCGGUGUAUUCGCAAAUGUACCCAGCGCGCUUGCCGACUCCUCAUGCGCGAGCGGCGGCACCGGUGUACACAGUACACUCCACGAUGGUGGACCCCGUACGCACAUCAUGGCCGCAACGCCCGCGUCGGAAGGCAGCAUGACGAACAACGAGUUCGUUGUGUGCCUCCCUGACGUCAAAGAUGGAGUGUUCUGCCGGGCCGUCUCAUUGUAUUUCGAUACCACCGCACGCGGUGGAUACAUCGAGCUCAUCGCUGAUGUAUCCCCUGUCGCUUUCCCUCAGGGCAUGCGUGAUGUGCGUCUGCCCGUGCUCGGCGCUAUCCUGCCCAUUCCCAUCUCGACUUCUCCGAGUCUGCUGCCCACACCGAUGUGUGGUACAACGAGCACCGAGCUCGCUGCACCCGGUGUUGGCAACUCUACGGAGCCACUGACACCGUUGACCGCCUGGCUAACGAGUCCAGCGUUGUCGCGGCACACGACGCACGACUGGCACGUCUUUCUAACUGUACUUACCACUACCUGCUAA